AUGUUCAGUGGAAAUAGAAUUGGCCUUGAUCAGCCAGGUGUUUGUGUGUAUGUAUUUCCCAGCAAGCACAUUGUAGUUCUGACCUUCCCGUGAAUAAUCAGAAGCCAAUUUGGGACUAAUACAUUCGGAUUAAACAAUGUAGAAGUCACCAUGGAUGAGAUCUUGUUGUGGAGUCUCCUAUUGACUUUUGCUGGAAGUCAAGCCUCAAGACCCAUGGCUCAGGAAAAUGCUGAAUUUGCGGUGGAUCUUUAUCAGGCUGUCUCCUUAUCUCACAAGAACAACAUUAUAUUUUCCCCCCUUGGAACAACUCUGGUUCUUGGAAUGGUACAACUGGGAGCAAAAGGAAAAGCACGGCAGCAGAUAAGACAGACUUUAAAACUGCAGGAAACCUCGACUGGAGAAGAAUUUUCUGGGCUGAAGUCAUUUUUCUCUGCCAUCGCAGAGAAAAAACAAGAAUUUACAUUUAAUCUUGCCAAUGCCCUCUACCUUCAAGAAGGAUUCACUGUGAAAGAACAGUAUCUCCAUGGCAACCAGGAAUUUUUUCAGAGUGCUAUAAAACUGGUGGAUUUUCAGGAUGCAAAGGCUUGUGCUCGGACCAUAAGUACCUGGGUAGAAAGCAAAACAGAUGGAAAAAUUAAAGACAUGUUUUCUGGGGAAGAAUUUGGCCCUCUGACUCGGCUAGUCCUGGUGAAUGCUAUUUAUUUCAAAGGGGACUGGAAACAGAAAUUCAGAAAAGAGGACACACAGUUGACAGAUUUUACUAAGAAAGAUGGCUCAACCGUCAAAAUUCCAAUGAUGAAGGCUCUUCUGAAGACAAAAUAUGGUUAUUUUUCUGAAUUCUCCAUGAACUACCAGGUAUUGGAAUUGCCUUACAAAGGUGAUGAGUUUAGUUUAGUCAUCAUACUUCCUGCAGAAGACAUGAACAUAGAAGGACUGGAAGGAAGAAUUACUGCUCACCAAAUCCUGAAAUGGUCUUCUGAGAUGCAAGAAGAAGAGGUAGAAAUAAGCCUCCCUAGAUUUAAAGUGGAACAAAAAUUAGACUUCAAAGAAGCUUUAUAUUCUUUGAACGUAACUGAGAUAUUUAGUGGUGGCUGUGACCUUUCUGGAAUAACAGAUUCGUCUGAGGUCUAUGUCUCCCAAGUUGUGCAACAAGUUUUCUUUGAGGUAAAUGAAGAUGGCAGUGAAGCUGCAACAUCAACCGGUAUACACGUCCCUAUGAUCAUGAGUCUGGCUCGAAACCAGUUUAUAGCAAAUCAUCCAUUUCUGUUCAUUAUGAAGAAUAAUCCAACAGAAUCGAUUUUGUUUAUGGGAAGGGUGACAAAUCCUGACACCCAAAAGAUAAAUGGAAGAGAUUUAGAUUCACUGUGAAUGAAAACACAACUUCAGAACAGAAGAUAGUUCCUGGGAAAUAGUUGAUUGGCAAAAUACCACCAUCUUGAAAAUAUUUUCUAUAUACCUUUUUCUGGUUUUAAACUGUACUGUGGUAAUCUGUAUUAAUAGAGAUCUGUGUUCAUGAAAAGUAAAAUUUAAUGUGCAUUUGCAUCUGUUCUUUUUGAGCAUUUUAUAAACUUUAUAAAAAUAAAAAGCAGUGAGCUUACAUGAAGCAUUACCAUGUACCUAUCAGAAUAA